AUAUUACUCUCGCGAGAUUCUGCUUAGCUGCGUUCUGACCCAGUGCCACGUCUGAUACACUGCUACGUGUAGCAUCAUCUCACUCUGAGGGGAUUAUAGCAGAUUUGAAGCAGGAUACGAAAUAACUCAACCGAGGAGGUCUUCCGAAUUCAGGGAUAAAGAACAUGGCCUGUGUUCGUCUGCUGGCACUGACACUGGCCACGUCUGUGUUCCUGCUGUUGGUCUGCCGUCCCGCUGUCGCUCACAGCCAUUCCCACGGUGACCACGGCCACGGUCACCAUCACCACGGUCACCACCAUGGUCACCAUCAUGGACAUUCUCAUGGUGAUGAUGACCACCACGGUCACUCUCACGGCUCUCAGGUGAAGAUGUUUCAUGGAGCCAGCAAGUGGAGCGCUGAGGCCAACCAGCCUGGGGGGGAGCACGACCACGGACACGGACACGACCACGGACAUGACCACGGACAUGACCACGGACAGGAGCAUGACCACGACCACGGACAUGACCACGGACAUGACCACGGACACGACCACGGACAGGAGCAUGACCACGCCCACUCUCAUGACCACGGGCAUGACCACGCCCACUCUCAUGACCACGGACACGCCCACUCACAUGAGGAAGUUGUUCGAGUGCAUAAGGAGAGUGUGAGCUCACAUGGAGGGGAGAGGGUGAGGAGGGAGUCAGAGGGAGAGAAGAAGGACACAGUGGAGCUCUGGAUGCAGGCUGUCGGAGCUACGCUGCUGAUCAGUGCAGCUCCUUUCCUGAUCCUGUUCCUGAUCCCGGUCCAGUCCAACAGCGACCAGCACCAGAACCUGCUCAAAGUGCUGCUCAGCUUUGCCUCCGGUGGACUGCUGGGAGAUGCCUUCCUCCAUCUGAUUCCACACGCCUUAGAACCUCACUCUCAUCACGAGGGAGAAGAUCACGGACACUCCCACAGCAGCGAAGAGUCACAUGACCACGGCCACUCCCACGGGGCCGCCCACGGUCACAUGAUGUCCGUGGGUCUGUGGGUUCUCUGCGGCAUCAUCGCCUUCCUGGUGGUGGAGAAGUUUGUGCGUCUGUUGAAGGGAGGCCACGGUCACGGCCACUCACACGCUGCUUCUAAAGAAAAGCAGAGUGAUGGAGAGGAGGAAGAGGAGGAGGAGGAGACAAAGAAGGAGGAGAGGCGGAGUAAAGACAAGAAGAAACCAAAAAAAGAAGAGAAUACGGACAUCAAGGUGUCGGGUUACCUCAACUUGGCCGCAGACUUCACUCACAAUUUCACCGACGGUCUGGCUAUCGGCGCUUCGUUCCUGGUUGGCCCUGCAGUGGGCGCCGUCACCACUCUCACCAUCCUGCUGCACGAGGUCCCGCACGAGAUCGGAGACUUUGCCAUCCUCGUCCAAUCAGGCUGCACCAAGAGGAAGGCCAUGUGUCUGCAGCUGCUCACUGCCCUCGGAGCUCUGGCUGGAACCACUUGCUCCUUAUUGGCUGAAGGCGUCGGAGCUGCAGCCACGGCCUGGAUACUGCCCUUCACGGCCGGCGGCUUUGUGUACAUCGCCACGGUGACGGUGCUCCCAGAGCUGCUGGCCGGUCGCUCCAGUUUCGGCCAAUCGUUGCUGGAGAUCCUGGCCCUGCUCUUCGGCGUGGGAAUGAUGGUCCUGAUCGCAGAGUACGAGUGAGACGCAGCGGAGAGAGAGAGGGAGAGAGAGAGAGGGGGGGGGGGGGUCAAAGGUUAAAAAGAACUGAGGGGUUCAGUGGAAAUGUUUGUCUUUUUUUCUGUAGUUUGGACAGACUGCGACACCUGACAACUGUUUCUGUGUGGGUCACAUCCCGGGCGUGGGCCGGGAACUUUUUUUUUUUUUUAAUUUUUAAUUUUCUACCGUGCGAUAAAGAAUCAAGUGUCUGGGUUUGAACUGAAAACUGAGCUGGAAGAAAAUCAAAACAGAUGACUGUGCAGCGGUCUGGGCUGAGAGCGCCACCAUCAGGCUCACUGCUGUCACAACAACAACAGGCGAUCAGACGGACAGGUUCCUCCGUCCAAAUGUGGAAGAAAAUCCAAUCGGAUAAUCCAGGAUUACUAGUCUGGGUUUUAAUCUGGUUCAGAGAGUUGAUCCACGUUGUCAACAUUCCGGUCGCUGCAGCUGAACACCGAGGUGUAGUCCUGAGGACACGCAGCAGGAUUUAUUUUUUUUACCCACAAUCCCCAGUUGUUGAGAGUCUGCUGUCGUCAGUUGGUCCAAACGUGUGUCAGGAGUCGCAGUGAACCCAUGAUUGAGCCACCUGUAAACAAGACAGGAAGUGAGUCAGGAGACGACAGGAAGUACCAGUGUCUGUAGUGAAGGUCAGAGGUCAGACGGCGUCAGUGUGUUCUGAUCAAACAGUGAUUAAAAGUCUAAAUGUUGGUUGAUAAUAAAUAAAGAGUGAACAGUUCCAGUCCCUGCUCCACUUCACCUGGUCCUCACCACCUGGACCAUGUGACAUCUUUCAUGUGUCUGUGUUUCCGUGCGGUCCAGUACCAGUCUGUACACUUUUAUCAGUGACUUUCUUUUUUUAUUUUCAAUUUUAAAAUCCGAGUCUUUUCUCUGAUUGGUCCAGAGGUUUUUGUUUUGAUUUUCUCACCAGUUAACUUCAACCCUGCUCUGUGUGUGUGUGUGUGUGUGUGUGUGUGAGAACCAUGAAUGUUUAUUUGCUCACAUUCCUCAAAUAAAGACUGUGAUGUGGUGAAUGCUACAACAA